AUGGCCAGAGAGCAGAAGGACCGGCAGCCAGUCAACCCAGGUGAGCUGGGGCCACUCUGGAUGCUGCUGGAAAAGAUGGGAGGUGGUCACUCCAAGAGGCUGGGCGGUCUCCAGGACAGCCCUGAGCUCAGGGCUCUCAGCUCCAAGGACCGGCCAGAGCAUCUGCCCCGCACCCCCUGGCUUCCCUUGCUGACCCUGCUGUGUCUGGGCCUCUGUGUGGUGCUCGGGGUGACCACAGUGGUUCAGGUCUUCCGGAUCCACUGCUCCCACCAAGAGAGGCACAGGCCCUGGAGAGCAUGCAAGCUGGGUACUCUUCUUCUAAUUCCUCAGGACCUCAUUCAGUCAGGCUUGGAGCAGAUCCACCAGCAGCUCAGUCACAUCAACACCUCCCUGGCUGUCCUGUGCAGGCCCUGCCCCUGGGUUUGGGAGCCCUUCCAGGGGAGCUGCUACCUCUUCUUGCACACCCUGGGGAGCUGGGAGGCCUCUGUCUCCUCCUGCCAGGACCUGGGGGCCCACCUGGUGGUUGUCAACAGCAUUGCAGAGCAGAGGUUUCUGAGGUACUGGGACAUCAGGAAGAACAAGCAUACUUGGAUCGGCCUCAGUGACCUCAGAAGUGAGGGCUCCUGGCACUGGAGAAGGGGCUGGGUGAUCUGGGGGUUCAUUCGCUCUGCAAUGGUGUUUCCUAGUUUCUGGAAAGAGGGGGAACCCAAUAACAAUGAGGAUGAGGACUGCGUAGAGCUGUUUAUGGACGAGUAG